GGUGGAGAAACGAGACGACAGUGAAGAAGUAAAACAAGAGAAAAGAGAAAGAAGAUCGUCAGGAAACGAAUAGAAAGAAGAAGAAGAAGUAGAAGAAGAGGAAGAAGAAGAAGAAGUAGAAGAAGAAGAAGAAGAAGAAGAGCACUUUGUGAUGUUGAGCUCCACUUAAACCCGGACUCUCCAGGUCCAGUCCUCCUCCUUUAACACUUUAACACUUUAACACUGACAGAAGUUUGGAAGUGUUGGAUGUGCAGGACAGAAGUGGUGACAGCGGUCGGCCCUCAUUUAGCCCCUCCCACUGAUGACAGCAGUGCCUUUAGUCCUGCCCACAGCCCCAUCAUGGCUGACAGAAAGCUUUCAGGUGUAGCUCCUCCCUCUCUGUCUUCACCUUCUCAUCAGAACGGGAGAAUCAGAGGGAAGGCUCCUAAAUGCUCUCCACCCCCCCACCGUAACGGCAGUCUGGAGACCAGACCGCGACACGACAGUCCCAGCAACACCAGCACCAGAACCUCAGCCUCCACCUCACCCCUCAGGACCCUCAGAGGCCUAAUGACUCCCGUGCCAAGUCCUGGUCCUGGAGGCAGCCACGGCUCCACCAGGCCUCGGAUUCAGAGCCUGGGCUCUACUCUGAGCUCCAGGACCAGAACCAUGACUUCCACAAUCAAGCGUGGAAGCAGCCAGCCGGAGGAGCCGGAGGAGCCGGAGGCCUUGUUGGACCUGAUCCUGGAGUGUCAGGCUCAGAGAUUGGAGGUCCAGAGAGCCAGCCUUAGUCUGUUGCCUGACCCAGGACCAGCCUCUCCCUGUGGAGCCUGCAGCCCCGAGCAGCCCACCUCGCCCAGUCCGGACUUUUACUACAUGCUCAUCCACUACCAGUCUGACAGGAUGGAGGACCAGAGGUGCUCCCUUCCUGAUCUGGAUGAUGUGGUCGGUCCGGUUCCUGAAGAUCAGCAGGAUUUGUUCAGCUUGAUUCAGAGGGUUCAGUCCAGGAGGAUGGACGAACAGAGAGCCUCACUGCUGCCGAUGCCCUCUGAGGACCACAUCAACAUCCACCAUCCUCAAAACCAUCAGUGAUUAGGAGUCUGAGAGAGUCCAUCAGAGCCCCACUGAGCUUCUAGUGCUCUUCAAAGACUACAAGUUCUGUUCCUACAUAACAGACUGUGGGACAGAACAGGGAUCUGGUCUUCUGCAGGAUUCAGACUGAAAUCAGAAUCCAGACUGUGUUGAUGUGGAAACCUUGAAGACUCUGAACUAAUUCCAGACCCUGAAGGUCUGACCUGAGACCAGCCGUCUGGGCUCCUAUGAUGGCCUCUUAGUGGUUUUAGAGUUCAUGUGUUUGUGAGUUGACAUCAUUACACAUUAAAACCGUUAUCUGGUAAACAUGGACGUAACAAAACGCAGACUUUAUGAUGUUUUAAUCAUCUUUACUAAUGUUUGGAGGAAAUACAUUGAACAUUACUCAUUACAUAGAUCACCUGGACCUGAACCAGGUCCACACCUGAACCAGGUGCACACCUGAACCAGGUCCUGGGCCCCUGUGUUGUCUAACCAUAACCCCUCUGUCCUGUAGAGUUGUUAAAGUGUAACAUCUGAAGACAUCUUGUAACAUUUUACUGAUAUUUAAACAUCAGAUUCAUGAAUGAACAGAAUGUAAACUCAUAUAAACAUGAAUUACUUUCAUU